AUGACGAUCGCUAUCGUGACAGGAGCCUCGAGAGGUAUUGGCCGUGCAAUUGCGUUGCAACUGGCUGAGGAUGGAAUGGAUCUCAAUGACAUUCAGGCGCAGUCAGCAGAUUUGGAGAAUGUGCGAAAGGAGGUCGAAAAGAAAGGGCGAAGGGCGACAUGUGUUAUAGCAGAUGUCACUCAAGAAAGUGAAGUGCAAGAGAUGGUGGCAGCGGUUGUCAAGGAAUUUGGCGAGCUAAAUGUUAUGGUGGCCAAUGCAGGAAUCCUAGUGGCCAAAUCUCUGUUUGAGGUCAGCGUUGACGAGUGGGAUAAAGUGAUGGCGGUCAAUGUCCGAGGCGUCAUGCUUUGCUAUCGUGAAGCCGCGAAGCAAAUGAUCAAGCAAGGUAAAGGAGGCAAGAUUGUUGGUGCCUGUUCAACAGCGGGUCAUCGGCCGUCCGGGGGAGGCGUCAUUGCGUAUGGAACGAGCAAGUGGGCUGUACGUGGUCUCACCCAAGCCACUGCGAUGGAGUUAGGGCAGCACAACAUCAACGUCAACGCAUAUUGUCCAGGACCUGUUCCUACAGACAUGUGGGACAAGAUCGCGCAGAGUGUCUCUGAGCAUACUGGAGUAACACCUGAGGAAGCAUUCAAUAACUCGGUGAAUACCCGAACUGCCCUGAAACGACAUUCGGAACCCGAGGAUAUCGCAAAUCUUGUCAGCUUCCUUGUGAGUCCGAAAGCGAGAAACAUUACGGGCCAGUCUGUGCUCACAGAUGGAGGUAUCGCAUUUGCCUAAAGC